CUUCAGCCUCUAUCCUACUUGUUCCUCUGGUGAACUAGGUUAAUUAAAUCUACAAAAAGAUGCCUAAAUUACUACAAAGCAUCGUCACUGUCAUCGAAGUUUUCUAUCAGUAUGCCACCAAGGAUGAAGAGUGUGACAUGUUGAACAAGGCAAAAAUGAAAGUAUUUUUGGAAAAUGAAUUCCAUCAAAUUAUGAAGAAUCCAGAUGACCCAGACACUGUAAAUAUCAUCAUGCAAAGUCUGGAUCGAGAUCAUAACAAGAAAGUGGAUUUUACUGAGUAUCUUCUGAUGAUAUUCCAGCUGGCUCAGGCUUGUAAUAAAAUCAUCGGCAAAGAUUACUGCCAAGCUUCAGGGUCAAAGCAAAGAGAUCACAGUCACCAGCACCAAGAGGAACAUAGUGAAACAGAAGAGAAGGACAACAGGCAUUCAAGUUGGAGUGCAGGAGAGGAUGAUUCCUAUUCUAGGGGCUCCAGAGGACACGUUAAACACAGGCCUCAAUCCAGCUCCAGAAGAGUUGGGCAUCAAGGAGGUUCAUCUAAUUUGGGACACAGGCAAAGCUCUGGGGAAAGAUGGAAAGAGUCAAGCUCGGGCCACUUCAAGGAUAAUAAGAAAAAUAAGUAUGGCUCUCAUCAACAAAAAAGGUCUGGGAGUGAAGAAGAUGGUUAUACUCAGUCAAAUAGCUAUAGAAAAAGAUCACACUCGGCAAAUCAGUCAGGCGGUUGUGGAGAACAAGGGCAUGGUUCCCACUCAGAGGAUCGGUCUUUCAGUUCUGACCAACAUGGGUCUCACUCAAAUGAAUCUUUAGGAAAUAGACUACAGGAGAAGAAAUCAAAUCAACAUCAUGGAUUCAGCUCAGGGAGUUGUGGAGGACAAGAUCACUUGUCAAAUUCAAAUAAGCCCACUGGUUAUGGUCAUGAGUCUGGCUCAGGUCAGUCCUCUAGUCAAAGAAGACAUGGAUCCCACUCAAGUGGUCAGUCAGGGCACCGUGAAAGACAAAAGCAUGGCUCUGGAUCAGGACAAUCCUCUAAUUAUGGAAAAUAUGGAUCUGGCUCUAAUCAAUCUUCUAGUCAGAGAUACCAUGAGUCUCAUUCAGAAUCCAGUUUAGGUGAGUCAUCAAGCUGUGGACAACAUGGACCUGGGUUUGGUCAGUCUUCUGGCUUUGGGCAACAUGGGUCUGGUUUAGGUCAAUCCUCUAGUUAUGGACAACAUAGUUCUACUUCAAGGCAGUCAUCAAACUUUGGACACCAUGGAACUAGCUCAGGCCAGUCUUCCAGCUAUGGUCAACAUGGGUCUGGAUCAAAUCAGUCUUCUAGCCACAGCCGACAUGGGUCAGGCUCAGGUCAGUCUUCUAGCUAUGGCCAACAUGGAUCAGGAUUAGGCCAGGCUUCCAGCUAUGAACAACAUGGGUCUGAAUCAGGUCAAACCUCUGGCUAUGGUCGACACAAGUCUGGCUCAAGUCAAUCUUCUAGCCAUAGCCGACAUAGGUCUGGAUCAGGUGAAUCCUCUGGCUAUAGCCGACACAGGUCUGGCUCAAGUCAAUCUUCUAGCCAUAGCCAAUAUAGGUCUGGAUCAGGUCCAUCCUCUGGCUGUGGACAACACAGACAUAGCUCAGGUCAAUCUUCUGGCUUUGGGCAACAUGGAUUUGGAUCAGGUCAGUCUUCUUACGGUCAACAUGGCUCCGGCUCAGGUCAGUCUUCUUACGGUCAACAUGGUUCCGGCUCAGGUCAGUCUUCUUACGGUCAACAUGGUUCCGGCUCAGGUCAGUCUUCUUACGGUCAACAUGGUUCCGGCUCAGGUCAGUCUUCUUACGGUCAACAUGGUUCCGGCUCAGGUCAGUCUUCUUACGGUCAACAUGGUUCCGGCUCAGGUCAGUCUUCUUACGGUCAACAUGGUUCCGGCUCAGGUCAGUCUUCUUACGGUCAACAUGGUUCCGGCUCAGGUCAGUCUUCUUACGGUCAACAUGGUUCCGGCUCAGGUCAGUCUUCUUACGGUCAACAUGGUUCCGGCUCAGGUCAGUCUUCUUACGGUCAACAUGGUUCCGGCUCAGGUCAGUCUUCUUACGGUCAACAUGGUUCCGGCUCAGGUCAGUCUUCUUACGGUCAACAUGGUUCCGGCUCAGGUCAGUCUUCUUACGGUCAACAUGGUUCCGGCUCAGGUCAGUCUUCUUACGGUCAACAUGGUUCCGGCUCAGGUCAGUCUUCUUACGGUCAACAUGGUUCCGGCUCAGGUCAGUCUUCUUACGGUCAACAUGGUUCCGGCUCAGGUCAGUCUUCUUACGGUCAACAUGGUUCCGGCUCAGGUCAGUCUUCUUACGGUCAACAUGGUUCCGGCUCAGGUCAGUCUUCUUACGGUCAACAUGGUUCUGGCUCAGGUCAGUCUUCUUACGGUCAACAUGGUUCCGGCUCAGGUCAGUCUUCUUACGGUCAACAUGGUUCCGGCUCAGGUCAGUCUUCUUACGGUCAACAUGGUUCCGGCUCAGGUCAGUCUUCUUACGGUCAACAUGGUUCCGGCUCAGGUCAGUCUUCUUACGGUCAACAUGGUUCUGGCUCAGGUCAGUCUUCUAGCUAUGGUCAACAUGGGUCAGGCUCAGGUCAGCCUUAUAGCCAAUCUGGGUGUGGAUGGAGUCAGCCUUCUAGCUGUGACCAACACCAUAGUCAACAUGGAGCUGGCUCAGGUCUGUGUUCCAGCUCUGAACAAUCUGGGUUUGAAUCUGGUCAGUAUUCUGGCACUGGACAAUAUGGGUCUAGCUCAUAUAGCUCUGAACAAUGUGGCUUUGGAUCUGGUCAGUGUUCUGGCACUGAACAAUCUGGGUUUUGCUCAUCUCACUCAUCUAGCUCUGGACAAUAUGGUUUGGGAUCUGGUCACUGUUCUGACGCCGAACAAUCUGGGUUUGGCUCAACUCACUCAUCUAUCUCCGGACAAUACGGUUUGGGAUCUGGUCACUGUUCUGACGCCGAACAAUCUGGGUUUGGCUCAACUCACUCAUCUAUCUCCGGACAAUAUGGUUUUGGAUCUGGUCAGUGUUCUGACACCGAACAAUAUGGUUAUGGCUCCUGUCAUUCACCUUGCCCUAAACAAUGUGGUUCUGGAUCCAGUUGGUGUCCUAGCUAUGAGCAACAUGAAUUACAAGGAAGAUGUGGGUUAAUUUUAAUUGGUACUCAUGAUGAGGACAGUAAACCCAAAAUAGGCUCAACUCCCAAUCAAUCAAGAAGAAAUAGCCAGGAACGGUCAGGGUACAAUGAAGAAGAAAGAAGUAGUGAGUCUGAGAGAUACAAGAGUAUUCAUGGACAAAGACAAGUAGAAAGCUCCUUGAGUUGUGGCUUUGGACAACCUACAGCCAACACACCCAAUUUAGUGUCAAUGUUCAAGGAGGAUAAUAGACAAGAUGGCCAUUAUUAUUAUCAGACAGAAGGCGAUAACUGUGGAGAUGGAAGCACCAACUCAAGUUCCCACAGUUUCAGUAGCAGCACUCCACUCUAUAAAUAUCUCCAAGAGCACAGGUGUUAAUUCUAGUGAUGAAUAAUAAGUAGAAGUGAAAUUAACUCAAGUAGUAAUUUAAAAAAUAAGAAACUAUAACAGACAAGCAACUUAUUAUAAAGCGUCUUUCUAAAAGUGAAUGUAUUUGUUUCUAUCUUUUUCAUUUGAUUGUAUUCUAUUCAUUGUUAUUGGGUUCCUUCCAAAGAAUGUAGGGUAUGUGGGCUACAUUGCUAGGAAAUCCUGAGUUGAAUAAAUAAUGUGUGGGACUAAAUUUAGAAGCAUAAUAUAAAGUAUUUAUGGAGCCUAGAGUUUAGUUAAGGUGUCUUUUUGAGAGUUCACCAUUCAUUAUUUAUGCCAAACUAAGCCUGCAUCUUUAAAAAGCAAAAAAUUAUAUUACCAGUUCUUCAACCAAAGCUUCUCUUACAUCAAUGUAAACCAUAAUUUUUGGUGUGCCCCACAUUGGAUGGUAGCAGAAAGAAGAUCUUAAGAGCAAAGAUGUAAUGUAGGAAGUUUCCCAGUUGAUCAAAACCAUCAAGCCCUUAUUCUCAGGUGCAUCUUUUAUCAGUAACCUACAGCAUCAUUAAAAAGUGGCACCAGCCAGAACCGGUUUGGCUCAGUGGAUAGAGCGUCGGCCUGCGGACUGAAAGGUCCCAGGUUCGA